AAUAUUUUAAACAACAACUUGAACAACACAACAAAUAAAAGCAAAAUUGAACCUUAGACUUUAGACCUAUUUAUUUUUACUCUACUUUAUUUAAAUUGAUCAGUUUGGAGCCGAACAACUUAAAAAGCACUACUCCUUUUAAUUUUUAUAAAGAUUGUUAAUUAAAUAAAGAAAUUAUGAUUAAUUCGGGAAAACUUGCUGGCCUUACAAUAUUCGUAACUGGAGGAAGUAGAGGAAUUGGUAAAGCGAUUGCUCUAAAGGCAGCGAAAGAUGGUGCCAACGUAGUCGUUGCUGCUAAAACAGCUGAACCUCAUCCCAAACUUCCUGGAACAAUAUAUACAGCAUGUGAAGAAAUUGAAAAAGCUGGAGGUAAGAGUUUAGCAUGUGUCGUAGACGUAAGAGACGAAAAUACUGUUAGAAAAGCCGUCCAAGAUACCGUAAGCAAGUUCGGAGGAAUCGAUAUUUUAAUUAACAAUGCUUCCGCCAUAUCUUUGACGGGAACUGCAGAUACUGACAUGAAGAGAUACGACCUUAUGCACAACAUCAACACCAGAGGGACCUUUUUAGUAACUAAAGAAUGUCUUCCAUACCUAAAAAAAAGUAACCAUGCACACGUUUUGAACAUCUCACCACCUCUAAACAUGAGCCCCCAUUGGUUUAAAGGGCAUGUUGCAUAUACUAUGGCUAAAUAUGGUAUGUCGAUGUGCGUUUUAGGACAACACGAAGAAUUUAGACCAUAUAACAUCGCCGUUAAUGCCUUAUGGCCAAGAACAGCCAUUGAUACAGCAGCGAUGCAAAUGUUAUCUGGAAAAGAAGCUUCUGCUCAGUAUAGUAGGAAACCAGAAAUUAUGGCAGAUUCUGCAUACGCAAUUUUAGUCAAGGACCCCAAAUCAUUCACUGGUAAUUUCUGCAUAGACGACGAAGUACUGAAACAGUCCGGAGCCACUGAUACUGACAUAAGGAACUACGCCUGUAUUCCCGAAAAUGCUGAUAACCUUAUGGAAGACUUCUUUUUGGGAGAAGGUCCCACAGAUAAGCCCACGCAGAAAGUUGAAGCUCCUGCGGCCUCUUCGUCAUCAUCUGCUGCUCCAACAGGAAAAAUUGCGUCACUGUUUAAGAAAAUUGAAAGCGCCAUAUCGCCACAAACGAUUGCAAAGACUCAAGCAGUUUACGCAUUUAAUGUAACAGGAGAAGAGGCUGGACUUUGGUAUUUGGACUUGAAAAACGGAGCAGGCGCUUGCGGAAAUGGCGAGGCCCCACAAAAACCGGACGCAACGUUGACAAUGGAUAGCAAACACUUCUUUGAUAUGUUCACCGGUAAAACGAAACCCACCACGGCUUACAUGACUGGAAAACUAAAAAUCAAGGGAGACCUAACUAAGGCAAUCAAACUGGAAACACUGAUGGGCAGCCUGAAGGCCAAAUUGUAAAUAUAAAAUCUGUUAUGGACUACAAGAAGGUUUUUCUUGCAACUCACAACUUGUUUUUAACUAUAUUUUGUUAAUUGUAUGGUAAAAUAUUUUUACAAUAGGUUUAUUGAUGUAAACAAUAAUUUUUAUAUAAGUAAAUAAAUUUAUAUAUUUUAUUUUUA